GCUCCCUGUUUAAUACGCUACGUCGCUACGCUUUUAGGUUUAGCGGAAUGUUGUACGCAUCCUGACACGUGACUACAGGUGUUGAGUUAUUUUAAUUUAUUCAUCGAGCAGUAAAUUAAGCUGCAAAUCCUUCGUAUGUAUUCACAUUUCACAAGAACCGAAUGAAUAAAGUCGUCGUAGAAGGUGUUUGUUAGGGUAUCUUUGGCUGUCAAAGUAUUGUGCAUCAAUUGAAAGUGGAGUGGUGUUUUGAGAUAUAAUGUUAUUGUGAUUGAACUGCAUCAAGCUACAGAAACCAAUUACGUAAACAAAUUCAUACCAUCUGCUAUGAAUUCUCCAGUGCCGAUUACCUUGAUAGAUCAGCUUUUUCAUUUGGGAUCUAGCAGAUUAAUGUAAAAUAUACUCACUCAGCCCCUAGAAGCACGAGACCAUGCCACUGCAAGCUGAUAUUUCCACAGCUCUGCAGUUGCUAGAACACAUCCAGCACACAAUUGAUGUGAGUGAUGAUGCCAAGCUUCAAGCACAGACAAAGGAUGAUUUGGACCUUCUCAUUUCAGUGCUUGAGAAUCCUAUUCUUCGGAGCAUUGUUACAAUCCAGGACUCACUGGGAGAAUUAAAUCAGCAAUUAAUACAACACCCUUCAAUACUGCCUGUAGACUUUGACAUUACACCAUGUGGCAAGCUUUUAUUAAAUGUUCCACCUCCUGUCAGCUUGUAUGAUGUUUCAUUUGAUCCAGAUUAUGCUAACAGUCAAGAGUUUGAUGAUCAAAGAGUUCCAGUUGCAAAACUUCCUCACAGUUCAUCUGGUGAAUCAUCAUCUCCUCAGAUUGCUAGUCCAUCCUUGGCCCCUGAGGACGUCGCCCUGCCCCCUAUAACCACUCCAACAUAUGCAAUAGAGUUCCAGAAAGCCAUACAGGAAUCCUCUCAAGGCAGGGAGGUACUGACAGUGCAGCUGUAUAAACCAGAAGGGAGCAGUCUUGGAUUCAGUGUUGUUGGUCUCCGAAGUGAGGAGAAAGGUGAACUUGGAAUCUUUGUGCAGGAAAUACAACCAACGGGCAUUGCAGGCCGAGAUGGCCGCAUUCAUGAAGGCGACCAGAUCCUGGCUAUCGAUGGUCAGCCGCUGGACUCAAACAUCUCGCACCAGCAGGCCAUCAGCAUCCUGCAGAAGGCGCGCGGGCUGGUGGAACUGGUGGUAGCCCGCAACGCUGCCGACGAGGACGUAGCGCCGCCGUCCCCCUCCCCGUCACCCGUAGACCGCUCCCCGUCCGCCAUCAGCGACACAUCCAAGGCGGGCUCUGACAUGGUGCUGAACACAGAGUGGGCUCAGGUCGAAAUUAUUGACCUGAUCAAUGAUGGCUCAGGUCUUGGAUUUGGGAUCAUUGGAGGACGUAGCACUGGCGUUGUUGUAAAAACAAUUCUGCCAGGUGGAGUUGCAGACAGAGAUAAUCGUUUGCAGAGUGGAGACCAUAUUCUGCAAAUUGGUGAUGUCAACCUCCGUGGAAUGGGCUCUGAGCAAGUGGCUGCAGUUCUCAGGCAGUCAGGCAGUCAUGUUCGCCUUGUGGUUGCGCGCCCUGUUGAACCCACCUCUCCUGAUUAUCAAGCUCUGGGAAGUCAUGCACCAAUUGUUCCAACCAAGAUCCUUGGUGAUCCAGAGGAGCUUGAUCGCCAUCUUGUGCAGAAUGGAUAUCCAGAAACAUUCAACACUCAGACUCCCAUUUUGGACUCGUAUGACAAUCCUUUCAUGUACCAGCAGGGCUCCGAAUUAGAACUUCAUCCAGAGCCAAAUCUUGUUGUAGACGUUGUGCGAAAUCCAGUUCCAAUUGGAUCCGCUCCAAUACCUCCCAGGAUGGUGGGUCCUACAUCUCUUCCUGUCCUAACUAUGGAUAUGAUGCCUCUUGAGACUCCUCUGCCAGAGAUGGAAAAAUUCAGUGUUGAAUUGAAAAAAGAUUACCAUGGGCUUGGCAUAACAAUAGCAGGAUAUGUAUGUGAGAAAGAGGAACUAUCUGGAAUAUUUGUGAAGAGUAUUAGUGAAGGCAGUGCAGCAGAUCUCUGCAAGAAGAUUCAAGUAAAUGACAGAAUUGUUGAGGUUGAUGGGAAAUCACUCCAGGGCUACAACAAUCACCAAGCAGUUGAAAUGCUUCGUAACACAGGGCAGACAGUAAGACUCUGUCUUGAAAGGUACCUGAGGGGUCCUAAAUUUGAGCAGUUGCAACAAGCAAUUGCAAAUAGCGAACUGAAACCACCAACACCAUCCUCUCCUUCUGCCACAUCACUGCCACAGUACCCAGUAAGCACGGAUGGAGAAGAACCAGAAAUUGAAGUGGAAGCUGAGUCUCAUACAACAGUAGAUUCCUGUGUGCUGGAGCCAAUAGAGGCAUUAAAUACUGCUGUUGAUAUAGAAGAUGUUGAGCUCCUGAUUGACAGUAAUUAUAUAGGUGAACUGAAACCAACCGUGGAGGCAGCUAUCCAGGCCAAGUGGUCCAAGAUAAUGGGUCCUGAUGUUGAAAUUGUAGUCGCACAGCUCUGCAAGUUUAAUGAAGGUGGUGGCCUUGGGAUCAGCUUGGAAGGUACAGUGGAUGUUGAAGAUGGACAGGAGGUCAGGCCACACCACUACAUACGUUCCAUCCUGCCUGAAGGCCCUGUUGGAGCAAAUGGUCGACUUCGUUCAGGAGACGAGCUUUUGGAGGUUAAUGGUCACCGUCUUCUUGGGAUGAAUCAUAUUGAAGUUGUUACCAUAUUGAAAGAUCUUCCCAUGAACGUGCGUAUGGUUUGUGCUCGAAGACCAGGCGAAACAACACCUUACCGUCUGAUAGAUACUUCUCAGGACAGAGCGGCAUUUGCAGCCAGGAACAUUCUGGGAGGCAGCCUCCAGAACCUUAUUCCAGCUACUGAUAGGCUUGUGAAGGCUAAAUCAGAUGGUUCUCUAGCAUCAACAACAACUACAGCAACUGCUACUGAUGCAAGUUUCUCCAAAAUGAAAUCACGGUCCCUGGAGCCAUUAACAGGCCUUGCAAUGUGGAGUUCAGAGCCACAGAUUAUAGAACUAGUGAAAGGCGAUCGUGGUCUGGGAUUCUCCAUCCUUGACUACCAGGAUCCAAUGAACCCCAACGAGACAGUGAUUGUGAUUCGGAGCCUGGUGCCUGGUGGCGUUGCACAACUGGAUGGGAGGCUGAUCCCAGGUGACCGUCUGCUUUUUGUGAAUGAUACUGGUCUGGAGAACGCAUCGUUGGAUCGUGCAGUGCAGGCACUGAAGGGAGCACCAAAAGGCGUGGUGCGCAUCGGUGUUGCAAAACCGCUGCCGAUCCCUGACAGUGCUUCGCACAGCCAGGUAAGCGAGGAACGUGAUCGGAGCAGAAGUGGGGCUAAUGCAGCAUCGGCUGCUGCUGCUACCACCAGCACCACCACCCACCAUGUGGAAUAUUAUUCUGACAGAUAUAGAAAGCGCGAUUUUCUUGCUCCUGUGGGAGGGGAUGUGUCACCAGAAGGAGGGACGGGGGCCCUUGUCAAAUCUGAGAGCUUCUGACAGCUGUGAGCUUCUGCUUCAGUUUAAUAUAAUUGUUCCAAUUUGCUUCGUAAGCUGUCUUUUCUUGCCAUUUUAAAAUUUGAACAGUCUUUACACAUUUUUUUUCUUUGCUUCUGUUUAUUUCACUAUACAUUGUGAGCUGUUGGUGCUGUAGUAAAGAUUUAUUAAUACUGGCAAAGCAAAUUUUAGUUGGAAAAACAUAACUUCGCUUGCUUCUGUAGAUAUGAAUUUUGGAUGACAAUUUCUCAAUAAUUUGUAACUGCAUGAAUUUGUUUCAAAGUUAUUUAUGUGCAUAAUGCUGUAGUUAGCAAAAACCAGCUACAGCUGUGUGAAUGGUGGAUGGUGAAAUAGUGGAUCUGAAAACUUUUUAUAUAAAACCAGUUUCAACGUGUACCAGUGAAAUUCAAAAUUUUAAUACAAAACUGCACAUCCACAUGCAACUGUUAAGCUUCAUUCAGCUGAUCCUGGCUUUUGCUUACAGUAAAACUUGAUUGAUAGCUUCUGAAAUCUUAGUGAAAUGUUUAUUCAAAGAUUUUAACUGCAUGUAUUGUGGCACUGAUUAUCUUGCUGUCAGGAAAACCAGAAACAAGACAUUUCUGGCUAAUUAACUCACUUCACAAUGCUACUCCUGGUAUCUUCACUCUUGGGUGCACUUUUUAUGCUCGAGGCAAUCAAAGGGAUCUCAAAUGAUAAUGUUUUCUCCCUUUCCUGUAUUGAAAAUAAUAAUAAACUAGUUAAUAUGAGAAAUAUUUUAUUUAUUACAUGGAGUAAAUGUUAUUUUAUUGACUCAGUUUUUCACUCACAGUGUUGUGUGUAAAAAAAAUUAAUUUAAUUUUAUGUCUUAUCAGUAUUUAUUAAGAAUGGACCAAUAUAAUGUCUGUAUGUUGUAAAACUAUUCUGUAAGCUUUCUUUUCACUGGAUCAUGUGACAUGGUGCAGGAAGCAGCUCUGCUGACAGUGCUGUCAUUGUUGUGAGCCUCCAGUUAUCAUUUAAGAUUAGGGAUGCCAAAUAAAUUAAUUUGAUAAAGUCAUUUAUAAAGAUUGUGUCUUAAAUUUUUGAAUGGUCUUCUUACCUUUGAAUACACAGAGACUUAAGUGAAUUUUAUCAUUUCUUAAAGUAAUAGAAAAUGAACAUAAAACAAGUUUUAAGCAUUAUAUUAUAUUAAGCACUGUUGUACCAGUAGCAACUGCCUGGAAGAUGAACAACAUUUAAUAAGUCUGUGAUCAGAAUUUUCAGUAUUGGUUUUGGUCUCAUUAGUCACCCAAAAUUACAGGAUCUCUGUUAAAAGUAGUGUGGCCAACAUUGAUUAUUAAUGUUCUUUUGAUGUGAUCCCAUUCUGAAACUAAAUUGGAAUAUAUCUCUGUAUGGCAUAAUAAUUUUUUAUUGUAAGUGAUUAUGGUUAUAGAACAAGAUCUACAAAACAAGAAAAUGCAGAGGCAUGACUGAUCAGCCAUAUACUUCAUAGCAUCUUAAAUAUAUGAAACUAUUAUCUAAUUUGGUAUCAGCUUCAUGGCUUAAAUGGAUAUUAAAAAAACUGAAUUCAUGUUUCAGUCAUGCUCAUGUGACAUUUAUAGUACAAGAUUUACAUAACAGCAAUCUAGCCUCUAAAAUUAUUAUUUGGAUUUUUGAAUUAUGUGUUCAUUAAAUCCUAUGAUAUAAAACAAUCACACAUCAAAUUCAGCAUUUAUUAACAAUAAAAUGUUGUAAGGUUUAUUAACUAAUCAACUUUUUAACUAAAACUCUGAACUAAUGUUUGUUUUCUAUUAAACCUAUGUUCUGUUUACUCCUUCUGCAGUGUUAAAUAGUCUCUUUAUUGUCUCAUGCUCCAAAACUACUUGUGCAUGCCAUGUUCGUGCUAUUUAAUUUUUCCUAGUGUGCUGUGCAUGGAAUGUACAAACAGUUUUGAUACUGGCAACCUGUGUACUGUUCAAGAGGGAAGAAUGGAAAUCAGACCUUCCUUUCAUUAGAACAGUUACACAUGAAAUAACAAGUGUUUUCAUGACAACAGUAAUAUCACUGUACAAGAAGUAUCUCUAUAUAUUUUCAAGUUAAUCUGAAUAUUAUUGUGAAGUGGCAUCCCUAGUCAAGACUUCCCUCAGGCUCUUUUUUGGCACUGUUUUAUUCUUGGUAGUUGUAUUUGAGGUGAAACACAUGGAAGCAUGCAGCAGUAGUUACAUUUUAUGUAGGCAUUAAAGAUUAAGUUAAGCUUGCAUUGCUCACUCCUGCAACUUAAAAAAACUAAUGUUUUGUAUUAUUUGUAGAUCUUUCUGACUUAUAGAGUUUUUUAAUUCUUAUACUUUGGUCUCAAAGGAUUGUCAUCAUUUUGGUAUAAUUAUCAUUCAUUUAGUGCUGGUUUUUGAGCAGGCAUAGAAUACUUGUAACACAAGCAUACUCUCAACUGAUUUUUCUGUGACAGUGUGCUUAUGAUCAAAUAAGAAAAAUUUUGAUGGGAAAGAUUCUGUUUACUUGUAAGUACAAUUUGUAAAAAAUGAGGCUAAAUAAAAAUUUCCAUUACCAUA